AUGAUAUCUAAUAAAAAGGAUUUGAGUCAAUGGUGUGCAUCAUUCAAGUUUAAAAGGUACAGACUUCUGAUGCAUUUUCAUGUUACACCUCUAUCAUUUUUGAGUCGUUUAUCGGUCAAUCGUUAAUAAAGCAUUCUAUUUAGACUUAGAUGUAUUAUUCAAGUUAAUCAAUAUGAAUAUUAUAAAUUGUCGACAUUUUUAUGUAAUAUUAUUAUUAAAGUUUAUAGGAUGUGUGACUCGGAUAGCGAUGUUGAGAUACUGGAUUUUGAAUAAGGGCUUUAACUUUAAUAGAACACAAUUGAAAAUUUAGAGAAGGAACUUCAAAUUGUGAUCACAAAUAGCUCAUUUUACUAAUAAUAAAUAUAAGAGUUAUUAUCCGAAAAGAAUUCACUUAAAAUAAGAGUAAAGGAAUUAGAAGAAUAGAACUUAUAGCUAGAAAAUAAUCUUUAAAAAUAAAAUUAGACUUAUUAGAGAACUAUUGAGGAACUAACCUUUGAGUCAUAAAAGAAUGAGGAGAAACUCAGGAAACAUCUAGAAAGUCUUAUGGAGUAACAGAAGUAAGAGUUCGAACGAAUUUUGGAAAAAUAGAGUGAACAGAUUAAUGAUUAUGUGAAGAAAUUGGAGAACUAGGAGGAAGAGAAUAAUAUCAUAUAGAAUAAGUUAAUAGCUACUGAAUUGUUUAAUUGCAAACUAUAAUCAAGUCUGAGUGAACUGCAAAUGGACAUUAAAACAAAAGCUGAAACUAGAAAAUGUGUUUAAUAGUUUAAUGAAAAAUUAAUGGGUGAAAAUAUUAACAAUCUAAAUAAAAUAGAAUCCCUUAGUAUGUAAGUAGAUGGGCUAGAAGAAAAACUCUAAAAGCUGACCUAAUAACGAGAUCAUUUUAAGAAAUAAUUCGUGGAUAUCUCAUAGAAAAUUCUAUAAUAUCAAUAAGAGAUAUCCCAAUCCAACAAUAUUGGAUUUAAAGAAUAAAUAUGA